CACCAAAAGCGCAAAUAUCGAGAUUUUCUACAGAAUCCAACGACAAUAUACAUCGAGAUUUCUCUACGAUCCCAUUGGUCUGUUUGUGGUGAGCUCGGAUCCGCCAUUUCUAAAUCUCCAGUGACGUGACGGAGCAGCCGAAACAGCCACUGAAUCUAAUCCGAAAGCGUUUAAGACACAACACAAACUCAAAACAACCCUAACCGCUGCUGUCGUCCCCCGCCCGCCAUGGCUAGCCAUCAGAAAACAUCGUGGCUCUCUCGUCUGUGUUCGUCUGCUCGGAGAGUCAAACCCAUACCUUCCCGCGACGGCGGCGAUAAUGGGUCGUCUUCGCUGGUUCGCCGGCUUGGCCUCUUCGAACUCAUCCUUAUCGGCGUCGGUGCUUCGAUCGGCGCCGGAAUAUUCGUCGUCACCGGCACCGUCGCUCGUGAGGCUGGACCCGGAGUGACCAUAAGCUUCUUGCUGGCCGGAGCUUCAUGCGUCCUGAACGCCCUCUGCUACGCCGAGCUCUCGUGCCGUUUCCCGGCCGUCUCGGGUGGAGCCUACCUCUACACCUACUCCGCCUUCAACGAGAUCACCGCCUUUCUCGUCUUCGUCCAGCUAAUGCUCGAUUACCACAUCGGAGCCGCCAGCAUUUCCCGUAGCCUCGCCGGCUAUAUAGUCACUCUUCUCCGCCUUAUCCCGGCCUUGAAGCACUCUAUCCCCACCUGGAUCGGUAGCGGCGAAGAGUUCUUCGGAGGGACGAUUUCUAUCAACGUUUUGGCGCCGGUCUUGCUCUUGCUUCUCACCCUCGUGCUGUGUCGUGGAGUGGGUGAAUCGUCGAUCGUUAACUCUGCGAUGACUGUGACGAAGAUUAUCAUCGUUAUCGUGGUUAUAUUCGCCGGUGCUUUUCACGUUGAUGUGGAGAAUUGGUCACCCUUUGCUCCACAUGGGUUCAAGCCGAUCCUGACCGGAGCCACGGUCGUGUUCUUCUCGUACGUGGGGUUCGACGCGGUGGCUAACUCGGCCGAGGAAUCUAAGAAACCUCAGCGAGAUUUGCCUAUGGGAAUCUUGGGCAGUCUCGUUAUAUGCAUUGCUCUCUAUAUUGGCGUUUGCUUGGUUCUAACUGGAAUGGUGCCUUUCGGCUUACUAAGCGAAGACGCUCCGUUAGCCAGUGCUUUUACGUCAAAGGGUAUGAAAUUCGUCACGAUUCUGAUCAGUGUCGGAGCCGUGGCUGGUUUAACCACGACCCUUCUCGUCGGUCUCUACGUUCAGUCAAGAUUGUAUCUGGGGAUCGGAAGAGACGGGCUCUUACCUCCGCUCUUCUCGAAAGUCAACGAAAAGCUUCGAACUCCGAUCCAUUCCCAAGUAUGGUGCGGGAUCGUGGCCGGAAUCCUCGCCGGAUUGUUCAACAUUCACAGCCUCUCCCACAUUCUCUCGGUCGGAACCCUAACCGGUUACUCAGUUGUAGCAGCUUGUGUCGUGGCUCUGAGACUGAACGAUUACAAAGGAGCUUCGAGAUGGUCCGAAGGCAUCCUCUGCGUCGUCGUCGUGGCUCUCAGCGGCUUCGCGGCCGGUGCGAUCUGCCGGUUCGACGCUUCUUUCUUCUACCUUAUAAUCCCAGGAGCCGUGGCGAUAAUCUCUUGCGGCAUGAUCUGUUACCGGAAAGCGUACGGUCGGUCUCCCGGGCAGGGUUUCCGGUGUCCGGGAGUUCCGGUCUUGCCCUGUCUUUGCAUAUUCUUCAACAUGUUCUUGUUCGCUCAGUUGCACUUCGAGGCUUGGGUAAGGUUCGUGGCCGUGAGCGUGGUUGCCGCCGGUGUUUAUGCGUUGUACGGUCAGUACCAUGCCGAUCCAAGUUCCAAGUCUGAUUGUUUGGACAUCGAUGCUUGAUUUAGUUAGAUUGAUGAAUGAGUCGUGAAUUUAUGUUAUGUUUAUGUGUUUUUUUU